AUGUCGCAUGGUUCAGUUGACCAUGGUGCCAAUGUGGCAUAUGGGGCACAUCUCGCCAAUGACGAGAACCCAUACCAUCCUUUCAAUUCCCAGAUCGAAUGGGAGGUUGCGAGAUGGGCGAAACUUCGUGGAGCAACAUUGACGGCAUUUUUGGACCUGCUCUCGAUUGAUGGAGUUAGUGAACGUUUAGGGCUGUCGUUCAAGAACACCAAUGAACUGAACAAGAUCAUCGACUAUGAACUUCCAACUGGACGCCCCAAAUUCAAACGGGAGCAGGUCGUUGUCGCGGGAAAACCAUUCAAUGUGUAUUACCGCGACAUCCCCGAAUGCAUCAAGUCACUGUACGGUGAUCCCGACUUUGCAAGAUACCUUACAUUUGCUCCCAAGCGCCACUACACAGACGAAGAUCAGACUGUUCGUCUGUUUCAUGACAUGUAUACCGGAAAGUGGUGGUGGAACAUGCAGAAAAAACUUGAUCAGCAUUGUCCGGGUGGGACCAUCAUUCCAAUUAUCAUCUCGACAGACAAAACGCAAGUCACUAUGUUUCGCAACAAGUCUGCAUACCCAGUGUAUCUCACCAUUGGUAAUAUCCCGAAGGAAAUUCGCCGUAAACCUUCGCAUGGUGGCCACAUCCUACUCGCCUAUCUACCAAAUACUCGUCUCGAACAAAUCACCAAUAAGGCUUCAUGCCGUUGGUCUCUCGCAAACCUAUAUCACACUUGCCUGAGUCGCGUGCUUGCACCAUUGCAACAUGCUGGAUUAGAGGGCAUCAACAUGCACAGUGGAGACGGUGCUCUUCACCGCUGCCACCCUUUAUUUGCGAGUUUUGUCGGUGAUUAUCCAGAGCAGCUUCUCGCAACAGGAAUCAAGUUUGGCGACUGCCCGAAAUGUGACGUCAAGAAGGAUGACACGGAGAGCAAUACGGUACCGCUCCACCUACGAAAAAUAGGUGAGGUGCUGGAUGCACUCGCGGCGCUCAAUCAAGGAAAUCUUGCCUUUGUUCGCACAUGUGCCACAGUAGGAAUCAAACCUGUGAUACAUUCUUUCUGGGAGAAACUCCCGUUUGCAAACAUUUUUCAGGGUGUCAUGCCUGAUGUGUUGCAUCAGCUAUAUCAGGGCUUGGUGAAACACCUUUUGGCAUGGUUAGAGGCUGCUUGUGGAGCCACGGAAAUUGAUGCUCGUUGUCAAUGGCUUCCUCCCAACCAUCACAUUCGAUUAUUCACCAAGGGUAUCACCACCUUAUCAUGUGUAAGCGGCACCAAACAUGCGCAAAUAUGCUGCUUCCUCCUCGGCAUCAUUAUCGACAUUCGUCUGCCCAACAAUCUCAACGCAGGUCGUCUCCUACAAGCUGUAUGGGGGCUACUCAACUUUGUGUACCUCGCGCAAUACCCUUGCCAUAGCACCAAGACCCUUCAGUUACUGGAUGAGGCACUAGACCUUUUUCAUGAAAACAAGCUCAUUUUUGUUGACCUCGGCAUUCGAAACAACUUUAACCUACCGAAGUUGCAUGCUGCUCGUCAUUAUCCUCUGAUGAUCAUGCUGUUUGGCUCAACUGAUAAUUAUAACACGGAGUACACAGAACGGCUCCACAUCGAUUUGGCGAAAGAUGCCUACCGCGCUACGAAUCACAAGGAUGAGUUUGCCCAAAUGACACACUGGUUCGAACGAAAGGAGAAGAUUCUGCGACACCAAAAAUAUGUUACUUGGCGACUCGCUGGUGGCCACGAGUCUGAUCCUUACCAUUCAUGCCCACCAGAUAUGACAUUCAGCUGUGAACAAGUCAUGACAAAACACCCCAGCGCGAAGUCUGUCAGCCUCGAAAAGCUGACUAUGGAUUACGGGGCUACUCAUUUUCGAGAUGCCCUUGCACGCUAUAUUGCUCAGCAGACUCGAGGAAAUGAUCCCACACCACUUCACGGUCACGCACUUGAUGCGCUGGCACACGACAUCCAUCUUCCAUUCCGCCGACUGCCUAUCUUUCAUAAGGUUAAAUGGUGCUCGGUUGAUGCCUGCAGCCAUGGCGAUGCACGUGUUACUUUGGACAGUGUCCAUGCGAAGCCACAACGCAAGUUCGGCUCUCGUCUCAUUGCUCACCGAUCGGAUACAGCUCUGGUGAGGCUGCGUACGAAUUCGAAGGAUCUUCGAGAUUUCCGUGUGGGUCAAGUUCGAGUCAUGUUCACCUUCCCACCAAAAUCCAUCCCACUGCUCUUCCCACCAACGGUCCAUCUUCCUACUCACCUUGCGUAUGUCGAGUGGUUCACACCAUUUCCGCCAGCUGCAGACCGCAAUAGCAGACUAUAUAAACUCUUGCAAUCACUGCGCGGAGGUGACACUGUGGCUAGUAUUGUGCCAGUUGCCGAUAUCGAGCGCAGUGUUCAUCUUAUACCGAGGUUUGGCGUCAUGGCCCCACGAGAGUGGACGAGUGAUACAGUGCUUGAGGACUGUGACACCUUCUGGUUGAACUCGUAUAUAGAUAGAUAUACUUUUUCAAUGUUCAGAUAA